AUGGGCCGAGAAAAGAAGAGAGGCACGUCGGGGGCGACGAAGAACUACCUCACCCGCUCUCAGGCGGUGCGCAAACUGCAGAUCUCCCUCGCCGACUUCAGACGACUAUGCAUUUUCAAGGGCAUCUACCCACGCGAACCUCGAUCGAAGAAGCGAGUGUCGAAAUCUUCAACGCCCAGCACGACCUUCUACUACGCCAAAGACAUCCAGUACCUCCUCCACGAACCGCUCCUCAACAAGUUCCGCGACCAAAAGGCGCUUGCGAAGAAGAUUUCUAAGGCAUUGGGUCGUAACGAAGUCAGCGAUGCCUCCAGAUUGGAACGGAACCUCAAGCCGCGCAUGCGACUGGAUCACAUCAUCAAGGAGAGGUACCCAACAUUCGUGGACGCCUUGAGAGAUCUCGACGACGCUCUAUCCAUGCUCUUUCUGUUCGCCAACCUUCCUUCGACUGCUGAGGUCCCGGCAAAUAUAAUUGCUAAGUGUCAGAGACUCACGCUGGAGUUCGAGCACUACCUCAUCCGCACGCACAGCCUUCGAAAGAGCUUUCUGUCAAUCAAGGGUAUCUACUACCAGGCGACCAUUCAAGGCCAGGAUAUAUUAUGGCUUGUGCCGUACCGAUUCGUGCAAAGAACCGGCGCGGAUGUGGACUACAGGAUUAUGGCGACCUUUGUGGAGUUCUACACCACGCUGCUAGGGUUUGUGAACUUUAGACUAUACACGAGCAUUGGUCUGGUCUACCCGCCUACAUUCGAUCUGAAAUCAGAGGAGCAGGGAGCUGAGCUUGGUGCUUUCCAGCUUGAGGCGCAGAACGGCGAAGAACAACAGCCGGCUGAUAAUGAGGUGGACGCAGAGACGAACGAGAAGGCUCAGGCUGAGGCAGACCGACUGCUAUCAUUACCAGCAGAGCCGCAGCGCGAUGAGGAAGAACAGGCGGAGGCUGAUGUCGAGGACAUAGAAGCGAACCAAGCAAGUGCUCUGGAUCAGUUCGCCUCAAUCGAUGAGAAGGCGGACACGCUAUUACAGCCGUCAGCAACCGCUGACUCGGCGACGGCCGGCAAGCUUUUCGAAACCUUCACGGUGUUCCUGUCGAGAGAAACACCUCGGCAUUCACUGGAGUUCAUCCUGAAAGCCUUCGGCUGCAAGCGUGUGGGCUGGGACAGCAGCUUAGGGGAGCCGGGAGCGUACUGCGCCGAGGACGACAAGCGCAUCACGCAUCAGAUAGUCGACCGGCCUGAUCUGCCCUUACCAUCUCCGCCACUUACCGACGGCGAGACUGACAUGGACGUGGACGAGGUGGACGGUGUAGUGACGAAGAGGGCUAACGAGCGUGUGCCCGGCAGGAUCUAUGUCCAGCCGCAGUGGGUUUGGGACUCUAUCAACGCCGGGCAGCUGCAACGGCCGGAUCUCUAUGCGCCUGGUGCCACCUUGCCACCUCAUCUGAGUCCGUGGGUCAAGCCGAAGAAGGGCGACUACGAUCCUACUCUCUCACUUGCGGCGCAGGAGACCGCCGCUGAAGCGGAGAUGGAGGACGAGGAGGAUAUAGUGGAUGAGGGCAGUGGAGGAGAGGAAGUUGAGGGUGUACGUGGCGAUGGCGAGGCGAGAGAGAUGGAAGAGGAGCUGGACAAGGAAGAAGAUGGCGGUAUGGAUGUCAACCUGGCAGGUUCUGAGGACGAGUCCGAAGGUGAGGUAGAAGUCAGCGGUGGCGCCGAUGCAGACGAAGACGACGAAUGGGGCGGCAUCUCCGGCGACGAAGCCGAAGACGUAGGCGAUUCUGCCGCUCGGCAAGCGCAGGCGGAACUCGAGGCUGAGGCGCUGGGUAAGGCGCCAGUACAGGCUGGCACUACCGAGAAGGAGAAGCGCAAGAGGGAGCGGGAGGUCGCACAGGCGAAGCGGGCACGAGAAGAGCGCGAACAGCAGGAACAGGUUGAGCGGCAGAAGAUGAUGAUGCCGAGACGGAAGAGGAAGGUGUACGAGAAGAUGGUAUACUCGAAUGCGCGGAAGGACGAGGAGGCGGAGAAGCUGAGGGCGAAGAGGAGGAAGAUCGAACGUGGUGGUGCUGCGAAGAGCUGA